AUGUCUGACGACGGCCCCCCUCUCUUGCGACCCAUCCCCCGCCGCCCUUUCGACUUCAAUUACAUGAGCCCUACUCCCCCAGAUGAAGACUCAUCCUCCCCUAGUCCGAACCCUGAUAUCGAUCUUUCCAGAUUAUAUAAUGGACAGACUGCAUCCUCGGACGCAGGUUCACUGCCCCGCGCCCAAUCCAUAAUGAACUUGACGGCUUCCACACUCUUCGGAAUCUACUCUCCGACAGCGUACGGAAGGGACCGUGACGGCAACGAAAGGGAUGAACCGGAUACGCCUUGGGGUACUGGGUCGCAGACUCCCAUUAAACGCCCCAGUGUAGACGAUUCGACGUUCGAGCUCAUGAAGGACCGCUCGACCCUGUUACGCCGGCGGACCUCCCAGCGCGGUCCGAAGCCGCAGCCGCCAUCAACUGCAGCCUCUACUCUGUUUACUCUCUCUAGAAUAACCCUUCUCUUCAUAAUUGGCAUGGGAUAUGGCGUCAUGGUCACACGAUUACAGAACGAGCACAGGUUUUCGUCAUUCCAGGUUGAGAGCAUAAUUACACCAAGCUAUGACUGGCAAUAUCUGUCACUAUGGGGCUUGUCGGGUGUUGUUCUCGGUGGCCUUCUACCUUGGUUCGAUCGAGUGUGGGAGGAUGCGUUUGGUAAGGAAGAGGAUCUCCCAGAAGAAAGGGAUAGCUCAUCGCCGGAAGAUGUAAGCCCUGUAAAGGACUGGGCCCUGGUUGUGCGCAGCAUAGGUGCUUUUGUUGGCAUUGUCUUUGCUAUUCGGAAACUCCCUUGGGCGUCCACCCUUCAAGUAUCCCUUACAUUGGCUCUUGUUAACCCUUUCCUGUGGUAUCUUAUUGACCGAUCAAAACCUGGUUUCUUGCUCUCAAUGGCCGUUGGUGUUGCUGGAUCGGCAGUGCUUCUUGGCAUUAAUCCUGACGUGAUGCCAACCCCAUCCUCUCUCACUUAUCGGAACGAAUCGGACAGAGCGUAUUCGGAGCCAAGUACGCUCGGUGGCCUGGCUCGGCAGGAGACCAUUGAGACGGGUAUAUGGAUGCUUAGCGUUUUAUUUUGCAGUUGUGUCUGUUUUGGAAACAUUGGCAGACGGCUGGCUAUCAACAAGUCGGCCACCGCACGUGGCCGCUGGGCCGGCAUUAGAUAA